CCACACCGUAUUCGGAAAGGACAGACGUACGAAUCAGCUUUCCCCACACCUGUCGGUCCAGCAUCCCUCUCGUCGCAUGACGGACCCUUUCAGCUUCAAGAGUACAUCGAGGAGUUGGUAAGAACAGAUCCUCACGAUGUUGACAAGAUCGUAGCUGUGCCCGAGGCGCCCGAGAAGAGCAACACGGAUGUAUGGGUGUAUGAACAGUUGAGACGCAUCGUUCAAGACUUCAACUCUCCUUGGUUGGUAGCGUUGCAGCGAUCAUGCAGUCGGACCACGAGCGAAGCGUGCUCAGGCAUGGCAGCAGCAGAUUGGGAGUACCUGUGCGCAUCGCACGAAGAGGGUCGGCAGUGCUGUGCCAUUGAUUAUGUUGUGCACACAUUGGACGGCACAACUUCACUGCUCAACUCUGCAAGGCACUUCCCAAGCAGGACGUAUGUUCCUACCACCAGCUUGAGGUACUUUGGUAGCGUGGCUAGGAGGUUGGGCAGAUGCUUCACCCACGCGUGGCAGCACCACAGAGAUGCGUUCGUGACGUGCGAGGCCGAGACUUCUCUCUACGCACGUUUCCGAGCGCUGGUAGCAAUGUACGACUUGCUCGACGUAGAC